AUGGACACAGCCCCAGCCCCGAUGGGCUCCCUUCAGCACCGCUCUCGCCAGCAGCCUAAGAUGGGUGACACCUGGUCCCAGCUGCCCUGGCCUGGGCCCCCCCGCCCCGCCAUGCUGCUGGUCUCCCUCAUCUUGGCCGCAGGGGUGAUGCCCUCGGAUGCCGGCAGCAGCUGCCCGGUCCUUUGCACGUGCCAUAACCAGGUGGUGGAUUGCAGCAGCCAGCGGCUCUUCUCCGUGCCCCCGGACCUGCCCAUGGACACUCGCAACCUCAGCCUGGCCCACAACCGCAUCGCCACUGUGCCGCCCGGCUACCUCACGUGCUACAUGGAGCUCCGGGUGCUGGAUUUGCGCAACAACUCCUUGGUCGAACUGCCCGCGGGCCUCUUCCUGCACGCCAAGCGCCUAGCACACCUGGACCUGAGCUACAACAACCUCAGCCACGUGCCGGCCGACAUGUUCCAGGCCGCCCACGGCCUCGUGCACAUCGACCUGAGCCACAACCCGGGGCUGCGGAGGGUGCACCCACGGGCCUUCCAGGGCCUGGCGCAGCUCCGGGACCUGGACCUCAGCUACGGGGGCCUGGCCUUCCUCAGCCUCGAGGCUCUCGAGGGCCUGCCGGGACUGGUGACCCUGCAGAUUGGCGGCAACCCCUGGGUGUGCGGCUGCACCAUGGAGCCCCUGCUGAAGUGGCUGCGGAACCGCAUCCAGCGGUGCACGGCGGAUUCUCAGCUGGCUGAGUGCCGGGGCCCCCCGGAAGUCGAGGGCGCCCCGCUCUUCUCCCUGACCGAGGAGAGCUUCAAGGCCUGCCACUUGACCCUGACCCUGGAUGAUUACCUCUUCAUCGCCUUCGUGGGUUUCGUGGUCUCCAUCGCAUCCGUGGCCACCAACUUCCUCCUGGGCAUCACGGCCAACUGCUGCCACCGCUGGAGCAAGGCCAACGAAGAGGAGGAGAUUUGA